UCAGCAAGGUGGACCAUCUACCGGCUAUCCUAGUGGUAGACCAGGAGCGCAAAGACCAGGAGGCUACCCGAGUGGCCCAGGCCCGCAAGGACCAGGUUAUCCAAGCGGCCCAGGUCCACAAGGGCCAGGAGGACUCCCUGGUGGACCAGGCCCACAAGGGCCAGGGGGAUUCCCUGGUGGACCAGAAACGCAAGGGCCAGGAGGAUUCCCGGGUACUGGGCAUCCGGUAGGUCCUGGCGGACCUGGAGAAUACACGCAUGAAGAUGAUGGAUCAUAUAACGAAGGUGAUUAUUCAGCUAUUCCGGGCGAGCCUGGUCGCGAUUAUCCUAUCUACAGUGAAAUUCUGGAGACCGGUUUCCGUUGCGAUGCCCAACAAUUCCCUGGUUACUACGCCGACGUGGAAGCCCAGUGCCAAGUUUUUCAUGUAUGUGCCAACAAUAAGACUUUUGAUUUCCUUUGUCCGAAUGGAACAAUUUUCCAUCAACAAUUUUUCGUUUGUGUAUGGUGGAAUCAAUUCGACUGCAACUCCGCACCAAGUCUUUACUAUUUAAAUGAAAAUAUUUAUGACUAUACUAUAAUGGGAAGUCAAGGACCUUCUGGACCUAGUACUUAUCCAGGAGUUCCAGGCGCUCCUAGUGGACCAAGUUAUCCGAGCAGUCCACAACGUCCUGGCGGCCCAGGUUAUCCCGGAGAACCUCAAGGUCCGUCAGGACCAAGCGGUUAUCCGGGUAGUCCGCAAGGACCAACAGGUCCGAGCGGUCCGAGCAGUAUUCCUGGACGACCAGGAGCUCCAUCCGGUCCAGGACCCGCAUAUUUAGGUCCGCCAUCAGGACCAGGCGGACCCGGAUAUCCCGGAAGACCUGAAGGACCUUCCGGUCCUUCUGUACCAUCGAUGAGACCUCAAGGGCCUAGUGGUCCGGGUUACCCAGGACCGGGUGGACCAUCUCCAGGCUAUCCAGGACAACCUCAAGGGCCCACUGCUCCACAAGGUCCAAGCCGCUUCCCGGGUGCACCGGGUGAUCGUCCACAAGGACCUAGUGGUCCAAAUGGAUAUCCUAGCG